AUGUAUCGGAGGCGGCCCCGGCGGUGGUCGGACCUCCCCCCGGACCUUGUCCGCGAGAUCUCCCUCCGCCUGCACGACGCCGGCGACUUCGUCCGCUUCCACGCCGUCUGCACGCCAUGGCGGGAGUACUUAUUACUCGACCCGCUGCCUCGAACCCAGCAGCAGCAGCAGCAAUUCCUUCCCUGGCUCCUCGCCCCGGACAAGAAGCGCGCCGACUCCCUGAAUCUCAGAUGCGUCUUCUCCAAGGCGACUUUCCGCGCGCCGCCGCCCGCGCACCGGGGCUGCAACUGGGUGGCCGCCGCCGACGGCACGGCCGUCCGGUACUUCAGCGAUUGCCCCAGUGGCCUGCCUGGGCUCCACGACCCUCUCACCGGAGCCGUCACCCGCCGCCUGCCUUUCUUCCCGAAGAAGAAGCUCCACUGGCUCUGGGAGGAGAACCUCGGCGGCAUCGUCUACGGCGACGGCGCCGUCCUUCUGUACAACGACCCGCACGAGGACGACGAUGACUGGUUCAGGGUGGCGCUCCUGCGUCCCGGGGGCACGGACGGGGAUCAUCAGUGGACGGUCGUCGAGAGGACCUUCGAGGAGGCCUACUACGGCGAGUGCCGCGCCGCGUACCACGGCGGCAGGAUCCUCCUGACCGUCGAGGCCAGCCUCUGGCACGUCGUGAGUGUUCCCCCGGACGGCGCCACGGCCACGAGCGCCAGCGACGACGUGCUGGUGCCGAGGUCGUGGCUACCGGGCGAGGACGAGGACUACGACUACCACUACAGCUACGUCCUGGAGUCCCGCGGCGAGCUUCUGUGGGUGUCGCUCCAGCUCCUGGCGGACUGCUGCCGCCUGCUGCUGGCUCGUGCGCUCAAGGUGUCCGUGCACGUGCUGGAAGAGGGGGAGGACGGGGCGCCGCAAUGGGUGAGGAAGGAGGACUACGGCGGCCGGAGCCUGGCCGACCGUGUGCUGUUCCUGGGCUGGCCCAACAGCUUCGCCGUCGACGCGUCGCGGCUGGGCGUCGACGGCGGCUGCGCCUACUUCGUGUUCGAAGACGAGGACGGCCCGCCUCAUCAGCGGUUCGGCGUGUUCAGGUACGACCUCGUCCACGACGAGGCUGUGCUCCUCGAGUGGCUGCCUAAAGGAUGGGACGACGUCAUGUGUACCUGGCUCGUUCCCCGGCCCCAUUGCCCCGAUCCAGGAAAUCUACAAGAGAUCGCAGGGUGGACAGCACCAAAGACAGCCGCAGACACCUCCAACUCCAACGAGCAAUAUUACUCGGAUCGCUAAGCAAUACGAGUCUUGUUUCCGGGUGAUAGUACGCAACCUGCCACUCAAGGUGAACAACACACGCCUGCAACACUUCUUCAACGACUACGGCAAAGUGUCCCACGCUGAGGUGAUCUACUACCGGAAGACCAAGACCUCACAGGGUAUCGGGCUCGUCACCAUGGCGACGAUGCAUGCCAAGCAGGAAGAUGCUCUCGCUUCUCUCAACGGACUGAUAUUGGACGGAUGUAGACUGGAGGUGAGCUUGAUAGAGAAGGGCGGCCGCCGGCGGCGGCAGCGGCGGCGGCGUAAGUCUUCCCCUACAGCAGCGUAGAUGGUCGGAUCCUUUGGCUG